UUCAUUCUUCAACUUUCACGAAAUCCCAGUCCUUUCUCUUUUCCAGCCGCCAACAACUAUUCAACGAGGACUCUUGUUAACUUCUUUCUUGAUCACUCUCGGCCCAAGUUACAAGGUGGACGGAGGGAAUACACAAGAAGGAUUGUCAUUUGUAGCAACUUGCGUCCAAAUUUUUUGCCACAAAAUGCACUCAUGUUAUCAUCAUUUUUAGUAUAUACUCAUGUCAUCGACCCUUGUCACAAAAGAAGACUGAAAAGAUAAUUUUAUUGUCAUAAUAGAAAUACA